AUGGCGGGAAAGAAAGGAGGGGGCGAGAACAGUAAGAAGGCCGCCGGCCAGGCGCGCAAGGCCGACGCUGCAGCGCAAAAGGCUGCGGCCGAGGAUGCCAAGAGAGAGGCCGCAGACGCUGCGGACUGGCAGAAGGGAUCAAAGAGCAACGCGAAGAAGGAGGCCGAGGCCGCGAAGAAGGCCGAGCAGGCGCGAAAGAAGGCAGAGCGUGACGCCAUGCUUGCAGAGGAGGAGGCCAGCACGCCAGGCCGCUCGCAGCCCAAGAACUCCAAGACGGCGGUGAAGAAGUCGAGGGGCCUGGACCUGUCGCAGCUCGACGCGGGCAGUUCCGACGGGCCCCUCGCGGCGCUCAACGCCUCGGGCAUCGACAACGCCCUCGACGCCCUGUCUCUGACGCACUCGUCGGGCGAUCCCAAGAUCGACAGGCAUCCCGAGCGGAGAUUCAAGGCCGCCCAUGCGGCCUUUGAGGAGAGGCGCCUCAAGGAGAUGGAGACGGACGGCACGGGCGCGGGACUUCGCCUCAACCAGAAGAAGGACAAGAUCCGCAAGGAGUUUGAGAAGAGCCCCGAGAACCCCUUCAACCAGGUCUCUGCCCGCUACGACGCCUCCAAGGAGGACCUGGCGCGGAUCAAGCACCAGGAGAAGUCCAAGAUCGAGGGCCGCUUGGCUGCCAAGUAG